AAGCCCUUAAAAUACUUGUUUUGUCCUUGUAGGCAAACCCUUAAUGAUUAUAUCCUAAACCUUACAACAGAAUGUUUCUGUAGGUCUAAGUAGACUUAUCCCUUAUCCAAAUGACCCAUGGGAAGACCUGUAACACAACAAGCACUCAUAUAUACAAAAUACAGCAACAACAACAACAAUAAAAGUAUUUCAGCAGUUACUGUAACCGUGAGUAAAAUGGAAAGGGAAAAUGUCCACCAGAGGGCGCGACUGAGACGUGUGUUUUUAUUAUUAAUUUAUUUUUUUCUAACAGGAAGCGCGUGUGCAGAAUCUCCCUGGUGUUGAAUCCUGACUCUGAUACCGGAGUGAAGGCAGUUUACCGGGGAUCUCACGGGGUGAACUAACUCUCUGUAAUGAUGGUUCAUUUCGGAUACAAAGCAGCAGCAUUCAUCUUUUACUCACUCGUGGCCUUCACUGCUGCAAGCAAAGAUGAGAAAGAGAAGGUCUCAAAGGUCCAAGACACAUUUCCAGACAGACUUCCCCAUGAAAGACAACUCUACCUGAGGGAGGUGGUGUUUGUCAUCCAGAGCCAGAGGAACUCCUUCCAUGCUCAGCGAGCACAGAGACUCCGAGCGGAUCUGCUCUCACAGGCUGAAGCGCUCCAAGAGAGCCUUCCAGCCGUCCUGCUUCUUCACACACUGUCUGAGAACGAGGGAGACUGGAGCAUUCUUCCCCUACUGCCUUACUUAUCCUCUCACUUUGGGAAAAACUCCUCAUGGGUGAUGUUUCUUGAAGAGGAAACGAGCGUAAAGCUGGAGAAACUUCACAGAGUCCUCAAGACGUUUGAGCGCAGAAAAGAGUGGUUUCUUGGCAAGCCGCUUCACGAUGAAGAAUCCACCAUCAUCCACCAUUACGCCUUCGCUGAGAACCCGUCUGCCUUCAAGUACCCAGACUUCAGUGCAGGCUGGGCCCUGAGCAUGCCGCUCGUCAACAGGCUCUCCAACAAGGUACAAGAACAGUCUCUGAAGUCGGACUUCACCAUAGACCUCAAACAUGAGGUGGCGCUGUACAUCUGGGAUGAAGGUAAAGGGCCUCGGCUCACGGCUGUUCCUGAACUGUGUACGUUGCCGGAGCGUUCUCCUCAAGCCCAGGGCUGUGCCACUACUGUAAACACACACUCACCACUGUGUGGUGAGCCUGUUAAAAGGGAGGACAUAUUUGUAGCGGUGAAAACGUGCAAGAAGUUCCACAUAGAAAGAGUCCCUGUGGUGAAGAAGACCUGGGAGAAACAAGCUUCACAUCUGGAAUACUACAGUGAUCACGCUGAUCCUUCCAUCCCAACCAUUGAUCUUGGUGUCCCCAACACAGACAGAGGUCACUGUGGGAAAACCUUUGCCAUCCUGAAGAGAUUUGUAAGCAGCGUCGUACCACAAACCAACUGGUUACUCAUCGUCGAUGACGACACACUUAUCAGCUUGCCCAGACUACAAGCACUGCUAAGCUGUUAUGAUCCCACGGAGCCGGUGUUCCUCGGGGAGCGUUACGGUUACGGGCUUGGCCAGGGAGGAUACAGCUAUAUCACAGGUGGAGGAGGGAUGGUGUUCAGCAGGGAGGCUGUACUCAGGCUCUUGGCCAGCGGCUGUAAAUGCUACAGUAACGAUGCUCCUGAUGAUAUGGUAUUGGGGAUGUGUUUCAACUCUCUGCGACUUCCCGUCACACACAGCCCACUGUUUCACCAGGCACGGCCAGAUGAUUAUGCCGGAGACUUUCUAGCCCAUCAGACUCCCAUUUCUUUCCACAAGCACUGGAAUAUUGACCCGAUUGCAGUGUUUCACAAGUGGCUAAUUGAUGAUGUGCAUGGCUCCAGUACAGAACGACUCAGAAAAGCUUCUAAAGAAGAGUUAUAGCAAAUGGACUCUUUAGCCAGACGGAGACGUGGACAGGACAUCCCAGAGAUUUGUGGAGCCGCUCGGUCGCCUUUAUGUCUCGUCCCAGCUUCUCUUAGAACCGUUCAGAAUUGGGCAGGCCGGUCCAUUACAGACAACGCUGCCUCCUUCCUGCCUCCUUCCUCUCCAAAUAUCUCUUAAACAGCUUUGAGGUGUGUGCAGAGUCUUCGAGAGUCACUGAGAAUUUAAAAAAAAAAAAAAAAAGGACUCAGAAAUGUGUUUUUAAAAGGCAAGGUGUUGUCGAUCGUUUGACAGGAAAUGUAUGUGAGAGAUAUUUAUAAUAUUGGUCAUUAUUUGCCAAAAAUAUUUUGGGUUUUUUUUUGUUGUUGUUGUUUUUUGGGAUAUGUUUUUUUUUUCUCUAAUUCUGUGUAUUAUAUUACUUAUAAAACUGCCAUUAUUUUAAAACAAAAAUCUUUGCGUCAUUAUUUAACUAACUGGAUAACUAACUAACUGGAUGCUUUUCCUUUAUUGCCUGGGCACUGUCGCAACACCUUCAUAAAAUAGGGUGUGUUUUAUGUAAAGUAACUGUAUAUGAGGUUGGUAGGUGGGUGCCGUAUGCAUGUAAUAUGUAAAUACGGGACUAGUGGGCGGAAGCUUGUUUCCAUGCAGUUGAAGCUGAUUCAAAGAUUCACAAAUCACCCCUUGCUUUGAUGUUCUACAACAGUUUUGCUGAAUAAUGGCCUAUGUCCCUCGACAAAAACGGGAUUUUAUAUUACUGAGAGCACGUUCCAAACAUUUUCAAACAGUAGUUUAGGUGUCAAAAAAUGGAAUCAAUGUUUCAGUGUUUUUGCAGCCUUUUAUAUGCACAGCUGGAGUCUAAAGGGGUUUUAGUGAUCCUAAUGACAGUGUAAAAUACUCCAAAAGAGGUUCAUUGCAGAAGCAGAGCUCUUGAUGUUUUGU